AUCUUUCUUUCCUUCUCCUUCUGAUUAGAGAGAGAAAGUAAACAAGGUGCAUUUUUGGUGGUCUUUUUUGCAGUUGCAGAUAAGUUAUUGAUCUUCAUCUUCAUAACAAAAGGUUUUAAUGUUUUAUCUUUAGGUUUCCAUCAUGAGUUCAUGCUCAGACAGUUGCAAGAAGUUCAAGAAUUGAAUGUGUGACAAAAUGUCAUAAAUUAGUUAUCUUUAAGGCUUGAUAAACAGUCAUCUGGGAUGGCUCAAUUUGGGCUUUUGAAUAACGGUAUUCGGGUUCGUGAUCCGUCGCAAAUGUUUAUGUUUGGUAGCACAAAGUGGGGUCAUGAAUCUACUGGUUUGUUGACCAAGAACAAAAGUCAACAAGCAGGGAUCUUUAGUAAACCCUUUGCAGGCAAUCAGUCCAGUGGCUCUGUUGAUAAAUGUUUGCUCAAUAAGGAAGAUGAUAAGAUGUUUGCAGUUGCAGAAGCUUCUAGAAGCGAUGAAAACCAGCCGAAUUUCGGUUUGACUCCCACCACUCCAACUCAAACUCAAAGUCAAAGGCCACUUGUAAACUAUUUUGACCCGUUUGGGAUCGCUCAACAAAUGGUUAAGAAAGACGAGUGGCAUUUCAAGAAACCAUCUCAAAGUCCCGUAUCCGUAAAAAAUCGGCUUUUAAAUCAGAAUCAUACAUCCCGUUUGGUUUCGGUGAAGAACGAAGAUGGUCAACAAUGGUCAACAAAGCCAGCAAACAUAUGGCUGCGUUCACCUGUGCAACAGAACAAACAAAAUCUUUCCGUUACCGAAUCUUGUGAGCUUCCUAGUACCUCGUAUGCAGGAAAUAGCCGAAUCAGAAAACUUUCUUGUAUACGUUCUUUAGAUUCAAAGAAAAGAAAGUUUUCGACUUUCAAACAGAAUAAAGAAGUGACCGAAGGAUCUUCAAGGCGACACGAUAUCAGCACUGCUGAACUUGAGUGGGAACAUUCUACGGGUCGGAUACCCGAAAAGUUGAAUGCAUCGACUAAAGAAACAGAAGAGUCGCAUUGGAUGAUUAAACGAAAACGACGUCUUAUUUUAACAACGCAGCUUAUGCAACUGUUGUUUCAACCUCCACCAGCCAAUGUUCUCUCGGAAGAUGCGAUUGCGCAUUGUGAUGCUGUGACAUAUUAUGCUUCUAAAUUAGCACAGGAUAGCACGCGUAGUUUACGCUCACGAGCGGGGAAAAACAUGACGUCUAAACGCAGCGCUGACCAGGAUCUUAUAAAAGUAAUAGAAGGAUUCAUCGACAGAUCAAAGAGGCUGGCAGACGAUUUUUCGAGAGUGGAGAAAGGCAAAGGCAAGUCUUUGAUGCUUGAGGUAAUGAUGGAUUGUCAAGAUUUGGAUAAAUUUUCGUUCAUCAACCGUUUUGCGAAGUUCCAUAGUCGAAGGCCAAUGGUUACAAGUGACUCGCCAUCAUCGACUAUGCCAAAACCUGAAAGACAUGUUAAAGCUAUCCCGAUGCCGAAGAUGGUACCAGAAGGGCAAAACUGUCUUCUUCUAUGAGAUCUAGUGCUACUCUAACCUUAUGUACUUUUUAUCCUAGGCCUAAUGCUCUUGUCUAACUAAAUCAAGUGUGUGACAAAAGUAAAUAAUGGUUUUUGUACAUAUUAACCAAUUUUGGCAGGUGUUUUCAAGAAAGUUGAUUCCAAAAAGAUUCUUGAUCUUGAAAAUCUUGUGUUUUUUUAUCAAGUCACAUGCUUUGGUUU